AGCAGUAACAGAAAAAGGCCACAAGACACAAAAUUCAAAAUUUAGCUAACAAAAAUUAAGCUGCAGGAGAAUCGAAGAACUCAUAGUGUCAUAGUGUCUUUAAAGCGGUGUAAAAUUAUGUGCAGACUGCAAAUCACAGAUUCAAGAAACAUAAAAGAACAACCUUGCUUUCUGUAAUUUCUUUUUCAAUGCAACUAAACAUGCUAAAGGUGAUGUUUGCUUGAAACUACAGCUUUUCCUGAUCGUAUCACAAAACCUUAUUCGGAAAAUUACAAUGUUUCGGAAAACAUUCGGAAAGAAAAAUCGAGUAGUCGAUAAUCAUCCGUCAAGUAAUGAGAAACAGAAAAUAUACACGGUAUUCUAUGGUUGACACGUCAGUAUGCUCUGAUAAGUCAACUUGAAAUUUUUCCGUUAGUGGAAUCAGGAUUGUGUUAUAAUUCAAAAUGAAGUUUUCUUGGAUUAUAUUCCUCAACUUGUUAAAAGUGACUCAUUGUUCGGAAGAUCCAGCAGGCCAUUUGCGGCCUUUGGGAUCACACCAACCACCAGAAAACUCAAUAUCUAUACUAAAUAGUAUUCCUUCUCCUCGUGAAUUUUUUGACAAUUAUGUCAAGCCUGGAAAACCUGUUCUAUUCAGAGGAGCUGCAAAGAAAAUGCCACCGUAUAACUUGUGGACAGACGACUAUUUGAGCAAAAAAUUUGGUAAUAUUAGAAUGGAUGUAGAAGAAGGAAAGAAAGAGAACAGGUCGCUGUCAACUUUUAAUUUCAAGCUUCAAGAUUUUAUCAGCCGUUAUAAAAAGGAAGAUGUUUACAUGGUAGAAAGUCUUCCAAAGCAAAUGCAAGAGGAGUAUGUAAUUCCAAGAUGUCUUUACUGUGGUGGCUUCACAGAAGUAUUUCAGGAUGCAGUCAUGUGGUUCAGCAGUGGAGGCACUAAAUCUGUCUUACACUUUGAUUCUGUAGAAAAUAUCAAUUGUCUUUUCAGUGGGAGUAAAAAAUUCAUAAUGAUUGAUAAAAAAUAUAAGCCUCAAGCCCAUAUUGACAGGUUAGAUGGGUCUUUCUCAUCUGUGGAUGUAGAAAAAGUUGAUAUGUACAAGUUCCCAGGACUAAGAAAUGUACCAUGGUUCAAUGUAUCAAUGCAGCAAGGAGACUGUAUGUAUAUUCCUUACAUGUGGAUUCAUCAUGUGCAUUCUUUUGGUUCUCGUAAUUUAGCAGUUAAUAUCUGGUGGGCACAUUUCACUUUCUUUAAUGAAACCGAUUGUGAAACUAGUAAGUAUGAAGACAACAAUGGCAUACCAUUAAGUCAAUUCUCCUUCAAGCCAUUUGAAAUACAAAGACAGCUCAUUCUUGAAGAGGUUGGUAGGCAACCUGUUCCACAAGAUCAGUGGAUACAAACAUUAAAGAAACUUGCUGCUCAACAUCACUAUGAAUCACUUCCUGAUGACUUGGCCAAGCAGAACUUUGAAGAACUUGACUUGGAUAAAAAUGGUUUGGUCAGUGCUGAUGAGAUCUUUGAAGUAAAAGCAGAAGAUAUAGAACGUCUUCUGUCACUAGGGCAACAUCCUGAAGAAAAGGAAGAGGAGGAACAUGGUGAAGAGGAAGAAAACAUGGAAGAAGAUGGUUUAAGUGACAAAAGAAAAGAUGAACUGUAGCGAUAAAAACAGUUAAAGUUAAUUUUAAUUGAGGAUGAUUGAUUACAGUCUGUAAUAUUUUAAGAAAGAACAAAUUUCUGUUCAAAGGUCUUCUUAGAAGUCCUGUGAGAUGUAACAUAUCAGACUAAGUGAUAAUAUGUAGUACAAGUCCUUGAUGCCAGCGAGGUCYGAAAAAAGUUUUCCGUAUUUAUUUCCAUAAAUCUUUCUUCCAGAAUAACCUACUUCUAAGCACUAUAACUUUCCUUAUUUCUAUAUUAGUUAGUUGAUAUUAGUAAUAUUUAUUUAUUCAACAGUCAACAAUGGAUUAUGUGAUUUAAAGUAUUUUAAAGACACUUUUGUAAGCUAAAUGAAGACUAUUUCAAGCAAGGUGUAAUCAUUUUAUAGUGGAAAUACUUCAUUAAUAAAUCAUUUGUCUUUCAAAUGUCAAAUGACAACAGUGUUUUGAAUACCUCUAUGACUGAGCUAUGUAUGGAACUCAGUUUGCAUUAAAAUCGCAUUAAUGUUCAAA